UCCCUCGCAGCGAGUGGGCACCAGGAGCACAGUUCGGACAAAAGGACGCGAGAGCGAGACCGAAGACGACAAAGCGAGGGGAUGGCAGUGGCGCUACUGGCUGUCCGGAGGAAGGAGCUGCCGUAACGACGGCACGAAAGAAGCGAGAAUCAAGGUCACCUCUCUUCGCCUCCCUGCAGCGUCUUCCGUCGCCCCACUGCGACCACUUAUAUAUAAAAGCCGGACCUCUCCCAGGUGUCCGCACGGUGUGGAGACGAGAGUCGUGUCAUCCACUCCCGUCCGAUCGCGUCCGUGGAAUCUCGAAGGAGUACCAGGUAUCGGGUGUUCACGCGGCUGCGUCGCGAAGGCUAACAGUAUGAGCCGCCUUCCCACCGUGGUCGUCGCCACCGCCUCCUUGUUUCUGCUGACUGUGAGGCGCUGUGAAGUUGACGCUGCAGCGCCUGCGUCCGGAGUGGCGACAACGCCGCCUUCGACGCCGGGGUCGAGCCCGAAGCCCUCGACCCGGAGCACGGAGUACAAGAAUAUGGACAGCCAGACACUGGAGCGGACGCUGUCCGAGCUUCGUUACGGCGUAGAGCUACUGGUGAGCAAGGUCACCCUGCUAGAGCCACGGCUAGGCCGCAUGGACAGCGCCAUCGGACGCCUCGAGAGGGCUCUGCUCCGAGACAGCACAACAUCCGAAAGCCAUGCAGGUUAUCAGACGCGUUUUCCACCAAGGCCAAUAGGAUACGCGACCGGCAAGGGAUGCGGGUCGUCAUCGUCCUCCCUGUCCUCGAGCGGAGACAAGGCCUCCACCGCCGAGCUGGCCUCCAUAGGUGACCAGCUGCGGGACCUGAGGGACGAGCAACGCUUCUUCCGCCACAUGCUCGGAGACCUGCGCAAUUACACGACGCACAGCUCAGAUCGCAUCAUCGGUAAGCAGGAUGUUACUAUGUCAAAACGCGUCCGCGAAAAAAUGCCCAAGUUGGAACAGCGAGGCUUCCUGCUGGCGAGGCCGGCGGUCAACAUACAGACGAGUCGGCCAGUCAUUGUAGGAGGUAAGACGUCCGCCAACGGAGCGGCGCACCUGCUGAGACCACAAGUACUGCCCUGGGAGUCGCAGCCUUCCAUGUCCUCCGGUACCUUGAGCUCCAGCGGUACUGGAAGCGCCAGGCCCUUGCACAUGGUUGAGCUCAAGAACAACCACAGGUCACCCACGGGAUCCACGCCUCCCUUCCGCAGCCAGGGGACCUCCACUGCUCACCGUCGCCAGGAUAAGGUGCGCGGCAUCUUCACAGACCUGUUUGGCUCCACACGCACCAACAUCGCCAAGCACUUACGCCAGGCAACCGAGAGCGUGCGACGGGACACCGAAGUUCCGCUGUCGCGCGUCACCGACUUGGCCGACUCGCUGGACGGCCAGGCCCGCAAGCUGCCCGACCUGAGGGCCGAGCUGGCCGAGUCCGCGGCCGCCGCCCGUGUUCUCGAGCUGCGCGUCUUCACCGAGGACGCGUACGAGCCGCUGCGAGCCGCGGCGUCGCUGGCGUCGCGAGCGGCGGCGGACCUCGAGAAGCGAAUGCCCCCCCUGCUGCAGAAGGUGGCCGAGACGGCCACGGGACUGCGAGCCGCCAUCGGAGACCUGCGGAGCGCCCUGGAGAACGCGACCGCGACGGUGGCGCCGAACGACGCCUACUACGUCGCCCUUAGCGAGGAAGACGACUUCUGGAAGCGCUAGCGCCGCACGCGGCCCGUUAUAAGAGCAGCGCGCCUGGUCUGACGUGACGUGCAGUCGACGAGCGUCAUUCCAGUUGGUCAGUUCGAUGCCUGACACUUCGCCGUUAGCGAGUGACGGCAGUGAGUGAAAAACGGCCACGGAAAUUUCUGUUGCGAACUUGCGAGCAAGAAAAUCAGCAUUUGCUAAGAAUGUCGGUUUCUUCGCCGGCUGUGACGCCGACGUGACGACAAGGAGAGAAGUUGAAUCCGACGCAAGCCCGAUUCCAUGUGGUUGUGUACGAAAGUGAAAACGUGUGCAGAGCCUGAACAUUUUUUUUUCGCGAUGGCCUAGAUAACAGGUUUUAGCACGUUGCAGAAAGGCAGAGAGCAGCAGAAAGUGUUUCACAGUUGACCAUUAGCCUUCCACCACAUUGACCCGUUGAUCGAGCAUCACCCAACCUUCUGAAGGCUGCAGCAGGCUUCUUUACCUGUGGCUACUUCGUCCUGUGAAACAGUAUGAAUCUCUACUGCAGCAUCGAUUGCUCCACCGGUUAAUGAACGGCUGUGCGCGACGAGAUUCUGGACUGUUGAAUUUAUUGUAUAUUUCCUCUCACAAAACUGAACAGUGUCUGUGUGUUAAAUGCUGCUCACCCUUUUAGACCUAUAAUAUCGCGCUGGCGUGAUAUUUUCCUAUGGUGUCGUUCGUUUCCGUGUUUGUCACUAUAGUGACGUGCAGACGACAGUGAAUCAGGGUUGCUGAUUGCGCCUGCAUGGUGUGUAGUCGAAGCGAUUCCUAGUGCGGGCAGCUGCUCACCCAUCACCUGUCACGGCAUCAUCUGCGGCUAUUGCGGCAAUCGAUCACAGCAUUCUGUUGCGGACCACGUUCGUGGACAUGUCAAAAUACGUUGUGAUUGUCUAUCGCAAUAAACAUGACAUUACAUGUCACUAAA